AUGGGGCUACUUUUCCUCUUUCUCCUGUUCAUCUCUGUUCAGGCUGAUGUGGUAGUACUUCCUUCUAACCUCACUGAUCUGAUUCAAGUUCAAUCCAAGGGUUUUCGUCUUCAGGGCUCCAAUCUCACUCAACGAGUUGCCCCGUUAACCGAGGCCCUCGCUGGAGCGACCAGCGCCCACCUACAGUCGUUCAAUCAGUCUGGCACUGCCACCCAAGUCAAACCGGGCAAUUCCAUCUCGCUGACUGAUUCUGAUAUCGCCUGUAUCUCUUGUGAUCCCGACGACUACCCCGGCUUCUACACCUUGGACGAGACAGUGAAGACUGUCCUCACUGCUUCUUCUUUGCCUGCUGCCGUGCUGUUGUACACCCACUAUUCAUCGCACUGUAACUUUACAGCCGAUGAUCAAACCACCGCCCGGUACAACAAUAUCUUCACCCUUACAGGCCCAGGUGCUUGGCUGGCGCUGCAACGGACUUUCACAGAAGCAUCCCCAACCAUUGCCAUUGUCUCAAUGUCGUUAAUGACCAAUGUGCCGACCGAUACCGGUGACUCCGGGAAUUCCGGCGACAGUCCUAACACUGCCAUGAUCAUUCUGUACAGUAUUACCGGUAUCAUCACCGCGCUCUUCCUGGGAAUUAUCAUCACCGGUGCCGUCCGGGCCCAUCGACACCCAGAACGCUAUGGACCUCGUCGUAUCGCCGGACGAGUACGGCAAAGUCGAGCUCGAGGUAUAGCCCGAGCCAUGUUGGACACGAUUCCCGUCGUCAAAUUCGGUGAUGACAAUGACGAAAUCGCUGCCGCCAAGCGGGACGUUGAGAUGUCUGCUAAUCCCGAUGAUCCCGCCCGCGAGCACUCCCCCCGCGCGAUGGGGUCACUGGACACUCGACGCCGACCGAUCGAGGAUGCACCAAUUGCCGCCUCGGAGAAGACCGAGACGCCAGAAACAGGCAAUUUCUCGUGUCCGAUCUGCACCGACGACUUUAUCAAGGGCCAAGAUCUACGUGUCUUACCCUGUAACCACCAAUUCCACAUGGAAUGCAUUGACCCCUGGCUGAUGAAUGUCUCCGGCACCUGUCCUCUCUGCCGCAUCGAUCUCAACCCACCCAAAGAGGAAACCGAAGAAACCGAAGAAACAGGUGAACGCCAAGAACCAGAACCACCAGCCAACCAAGAAACCCAAGCAAGCCGCCACACACACCGCCGCCUAACAAACUACCUGCACGGCCCCCUCAAUGCCCGCCGCAUGCGCGACGCCACGGUGGAAGAGCGCCUCGCCGCCCUCCGCCGCGUCCGCGAAGCAAACCAAGACCAAGACCAGGCCGAGCCAACCCCCGAAGGAACCCGCCGCCGCCUGACGACCCGCCUGCGCGAUCGCUUCCGCAUCCGCACGCGCGCUCACGGCGAGUCGGAGGAGACUCAGACUCACACGCCUAUUAGUGAGGAGGCGGAGGCUGGGCCCUCGAUGCCUGCUGCUCCUGCGGCUGCUCAUACGUCAUCUUGA